AUGGCAACCCGGCAUGGUCGGUGGCUGGGCGCAGCUGGUGCCCCCUUCUUCUCGGGCGGAUGCAGGGCGUCCCAUUCGGGGGCUGCCGGGGUCUCCCUGAAGCUAGAGUAUGACGCCGUCGUCAUCGGAGCAGGGCACAACGGACUGGUGGCUGCCGCCUACUUGCAGAAAGGGGGUUUAAAGACGGCUGUGCUGGAGAGACGACACAUCAUAGGGGGUGCUGCUGUCACUGAAGAGAUUAUCCCAGGUUUUCGGUUUUCCAGAGCCUCUUACCUGCUCAGUCUGCUGAGACCCCAGAUUUACAAAGAGCUGGAGCUGAAGAGACAUGGCUUAAAGGUGCUGCUGCGUGACCCUUAUUCCUUCACUCCAUUGCUAGAGGAUGGCCAGGAUGGAAGAGUCCCUCGCUCACUGCUGCUGGGGAACAACAUGGCUGAGACCCAGAACCAGAUCGCUCAGUUCUCUGUGAAGGAUGCUCAGGCCUUUCCCAAGUAUGAGGCCUUCAUGAGCCGCUUGGUGUCAGCCAUAGACCCUCUGCUAGAUACCUGCCCUGUGGACGUGGCUAUGUUCAGCCAGGGCUCUCUUCGACAGCGGCUGAAGGCCUUGCGAGGCCUGCAGAUCCUCUUCCGUUCAGGCUUUGCUCUGGGGAAACAACUGCCCCAGUAUUAUCAGGUCCUCACAGCCCCUAUUUCCAAGAUCCUGGAUCUCUGGUUUGAAUCUGAGCCCUUGAAAGCAACACUGGCAACAGAUGCCGUGAUUGGUGCUAUGGCUGGUCCCCACACACCAGGCAGUGGGUAUGUGCUGCUGCACCACGUGAUGGGCGAGCUAGAGGGGCGCCAGGGGGCCUGGGGCUACGUGAGUGGUGGCAUGGGUGAGCUUUCCCGGGCUUUGGCCCGUGCCGCAACGGUGCUCGGGGCUGAGAUCUUCACUGAGAAGACAGUUGCUCAGGUUCUUCUGAGUCCUGAUGGGAAGGUGCAGGGUGUGGCCCUCCAGGAUGGGACUGAAGUGAAGAGCCACUUGGUGCUGUCCAAUGCAUCUGCACAGCUCACCUUCCUGGAACUGAUCCCUCAGGAGCAACUGCCCCUGGAGUUUGUGCAGAGAAUCUCACAGUUUGACACACGCUCUCCAGUCACCAAGAUCAAUGUGGCCGUGGAUCGAUUGCCCAAUUUCCUAGCAGCUCCAAACACCAGUGAUGGGCAACCCGGCCCCCAUCACCAGUGCUCCAUCCAUCUGAACUGUGAGGACCUGAAUAUCCUGCACCAGGCCUUUGAGGAUGCCAGCCAUGGAAGGUCAUCGAGCAGGCCCAUGAUUGAGCUGUGCAUCCCAUCUGCCCUGGAUCCUUCCCUGGCUCCCCCAGGCUGCCACGUGAUCUCUCUCUUCACUCAGUACACCCCCUACACACUGGCUGGAGGAAAGCAGUGGGAUGAUCAUGAGCGUGAUGACUAUGCUGACCGAGUGUUCGAUUGUGUUGAAGCCUAUGCCCCAGGGUUCAAGGCCUCUGUUAUCGGCAGGGAUGUCCUGACACCUCCAGACCUUGAGCGGAUCUUUGGCUUGCCUGGCGGGAAUAUUUUUCAUGGAGCCAUGUCCUUAGACCAGCUGUAUUUUGCCCGGCCUGUGCCUUUCUACUCAAGUUACCGGUCUCCAAUCCAAGGCCUGUACCUCUGUGGAAGUGGAGCUCAUCCUGGAGGAGGUGUAAUGGGAGCGGUGGGGCGCAAUGCUGCUGUGGUGGCCCUGGAGGAUUGCAAGAGCCUGUGAUGCCAGCAGGAACGUUCAGCUGCUCAGACUGGGGGAAAGGGACACCACUAGUUAGGAGCCCAGCUACUCUGCCAGCUGGGAGCCAGUUCCCUGAAGCCGCUCUGCUGUGAGGCAUCUCCAGAUUUGGCUCCAGAGAGUCCUCUCGAGCGUUGCCAUCCUUGAGACUUGCUGCUCUUGGCAUUUACACAACGAUGGAAGAAGAGGUGGACCAUACCCUUGUAAUGCCCCAAACACAUUAAUGGUGCUCUUGCUGCCAGUCCCACUCCAGCUUUAGAGACCAAGUCACACACUCCUUGUCCGGUCCUAUUACUCAGCCAGGAGCUGAACUUCCAUGCAAAGACUCUAGUUCUCUUUCAUGACAAGCCGCUCUUCCUUCUAGAGCUGGUUGGGGGAUGGAGCCUUCUGUUCCUGCCACUGGAAGGGAGACCCAGGACAGGAGCCAGACUAGUGUUGCACUAGCCGAAGGGGGAUGUUGCACAAAGAAAGUAGCCCCUGUUCCUGUCUAAUUCCGGUGCUAGUGGAAAAAUAUUGUGCUGCCUCUACAGCUGCAUGUGGCACUGGCUCAUUGUUGCACUACACAUUACACUUACUCUUGCAAAAUCUUGUAUGUGUCCCAGGAAAGGUCUGCUGGUGAUUGAGCAUCAAUGCAGAGCAACACAAACCAUUUAGAGGUGCAUAUUUUCUCACAUUAUGUUAGCGCAAUGCUAGUCCGGAUCCUGCCGACAGUUUAGAGCCACGAGUGAACAGAUCCCCAUUGGGUUGUGUGGCCCAGUAGUACUGAGACCCGCAGGUGACCUAUUCACAUGUUAACACUCAUAUAAUGAGUGUAGAGUGUACACAAGUACAGUUAUUCACACAUUAUGUUCAACACAGGUACAGCAGUAUACUUCCUAUCUCUACCAUGCAUUUGAGAUCCCUUUAAAAUGAAUGCAGGUACAGUCAUUUGCACAAAAACAUGUAUGAGUGUGCAGACAUCUGUAUACUUGCACAAUAGAAUAUAUGUAUAGGAUGGGUCUCAGGAGCUUCUAGAAUACCCCUCAGCAUGUGCUUUUCUCUUGAAAACCUCAGUUUUGCUUCUGAACUUGAACAUAAUAGCAAUAGCAAUAGCAAUAGCACUUACAUUUAUAUACCGCUUUAUAGCCGGAGCUCUCUAAGCGGUUUACAAUGAUUUAGCAUAUUGCCCCCAACAUUUCUGGGUACUCAUUUUACCGACCUCGGAAGGAUGGAAGGCUGAGUCAACCUUGAGCCCCUGGUCAGGAUCGAACUUGUAACCUUCUGGUUACAGGGCGCCAGUUUUACCACUGCGCCACCAGGGGCUCUUAAGAGGCUCUCAUAAGAACAGCCUUGCUGGAUCAGGCCCAAGGCCUAUCUAGUCCAACAUUCUGUUUCAUACAGUGGCCCACCAGAUGCCGCUAGAAACCUACAGGCAGUUGAGGGCAUGCCCUCCUGCUGUCACUCCCCUGCAUCCGCCUUUGAGGCUGGAGGUGGUCUUUAGCCCUCCAGCUAGUAGCCGUUGAUAGACCUCUCCUCCAUGAAGUUAUCCAAAACCCUCUUAAAGCCAUCCAGGUUGCUGGCUGUUACCACAUCUUGUGGCAGAGAAUUCUACAAGUUGAUUAUGCAUUGUGUGAAAGAGUACUGGUCCUAAAUUUCCUGUCAAUCAAUUUCAUGGGAUGACCCCAGGUUCUAAUAAUAAUAAUUUCCUUGCUAGGCAGGAAAUCUUGACUUCUUUUCCUUAGCAUGUGAAAGAUGGAUAUUCUGCAACCAUGACUUCAAACACUGAAUAAUCUUCCCCUGAGAAAUGGUAGGCCAUCUCAUGGGUCUUUGGAAGCUCAGGAACAGAGCCAAGUUAUACUAUUGCCUUAGCACAGGAGGAAGAAGAAUAGGAACAUAGGAAGCUGCCAUAUACUGACUCAGACCAUUGGUCCAUUGAGCUCAGUAUGGUCUACGCAGACUGGCAGAGGCUUUUCCAAGGUUGCAGGCAGGAGUCUCUCUCAACCCUAUCUUGGAGAUGCCAGGGAGGGAACUUGGAACCUUCUGCUCUUCCCAGAGUGGCUCCAUCCCCUAAGGGGAGUCUCUUACAGUGCUCACACAUCAAGUCUCUCAUUCAUAUGCAGCCAGCAUGGACCCUGCUUAGCCAAGGGGACAAGUCAUGCUUGCUACCACAAGACCAGUUCUCCUCUCUGCUACAGUUCAUGUCAUCUGACUUUGUGCUCCCUAUCCAAAACUGGACAUGCCUCGCUGAGCAUCAGUCCAAAGGAGCUAUAUUUUUCCCUAGCAGCUGCUUGCAAACACUUCUCUGCAUCCUGACUGCAAAUCCAGCUCGGAAGUGGCCAGAAGCCAGCUGCCCUCUCUGGCAAGGCCUAUGUUCAGUUUUUGUGCACAGAGCCGCCUGAAUCACAAAUCAGUUAAGCCGGAGCACUUGGCUUUCAUCCAGUUCAAUUCAGUUGAAAUCAAAGGGGGAUAAAUCAGCUUAAAUCUAACUACUCCACUUUAAUUGGCCUAUGGACUGCCGCCAAAGUGUGUUGACACAGUUGGGGAAAUCGAUAGCUAACGUUCCUCCCUAGCUUAUGAUGGAUUGAUUUCAUGUGAAAAAAUGAUUGAAAAAUCAUUGCCAAUUGUACACUAAGAAAAUGUAUGUUCACAGAUUAAAGAGGGUUUUUUUUUACAAAACGGAAAACCUGAUAUUCCUGAAUAAUACUAUUUCUCACCUUUUGUGGGGACACGACAGCCAUUGUCCUCUGGGAUGGAAGAGCAAGCAAAAUACAAUGCUGGUAGCAAUGGCCUUAUAGUUGCAGUUGCCAGUAGUCUAUUGGAUGCUAUUUCCCAGGUACGACUGCCUGCUGAGCAAUAUCCAUUCAUUUCAAUGUGGCCUGCCUGAGAACCUGGCGCAAAACUCAACUGAAAUAAAUGGUGUUUGUGCAGCAGCAGUUGACGGACGUUUCCCAAGGAGAAGGACCUUUUGCUGCUGACAAACUUGUUUGUGUAUGUAAACCUUUGCCAUUACUGGUCUAAAUGUGAGACAUUUUACAAAAUGACAACAUCAAAAAGAAACUGAAAGCACAUUAUUUAAAGUAAAUGGCCCAGAAUAAUAAGUGGAGCCCACUGAACUUUGACAGCCCCAAAAUAUGCUGUGUCAGGUAUUAUACAACCCAGUUCAGCCUCUUUUGCUGCAUCAUCAUACUGCUGAUUCAUGGUAGUGGUGUGUUCCUCUCUACCCUCUGAAUUUUGUUUCAGCUUCAGUUACUUCCAGUGUUUGAAGGUGGCUGUAGUUAUGGAGUUAAAUGCAAGAACAAUUAACUGCCUGAUGGGCUUUUUUAAAUGAGCCUAUAAAUUCUCGUUGGGUCUCUGUUAUGUAAUACUACACAAAGCUUUGGUAUUCUUCCUGUGGCUACCUGACUGGGACCUACUGGCUGAGGGGAAGCAGAGAAAGACCAUUUUCCACUUGAGAAAAACCUGCCUUGAAAUGGAGGUCACCGUCGUGGAUGGGCGAUUUGUUUCGUAUUACAUCACUCUCCCCAUGAUGGACUUCACCAGUCCUUCAGAGCUACAUAUUUAGUUUUAAUUAUAUGAUCUCCAGUCAUUUAUGUUUUGUCCUAACUUAGAUUGUAAAUAUUUUCAGAACUACACUGGA